AUUUGCUUCAAAUAUAAGUAAUCAAAGCUACUGAGAAGUCAAGAUGUAUUUCAUCGCAAGUCUUUUGUUGAUAGUUCCUAUUGCCUUAGCCUCAGCCCCAGUGACUAGUUCACCACCGGUUUUGGUCUGGGGCGUCGAAACCCCUAAAGCCACCAGUAUUUUUCAACCUGUAACAACGUCGCAGUUUCAAAAGAUCAUACGAAAUCUGCAGAAGAAUAAUAUGAUAAUUAUUUACUUGGCCUCGGAGCUUGCUGCAAAGGAUAUAAACUGCGACUUGUGCUUUCCGUAUCUCACCAAGAUCCAGCCGAUGAACUACUACAGCCAGGUGGAGGAGCCUCUAAAUGCCGUGGAACGGGUGGCUGAAAAGACAGGAGAGCUUAUCUGGCACAUUCCCAAGAUCACAGAAAUGGGCAGCUUGGAGGCGGAAAUGGAGCUGCCAUGCCAAAAAGGAGAGAUACACGCGUUCAGCUUUAACGAUCGUAAUUUGCUUGCUCACGACGCUGCAAUGGCGGUGGCAACCUAUCAGUUCAGCGACUGCCCGGUGGUGCAUGUGUACACCGCUUACACGGAGGAGGACAAAGCGCUCCAGCGUCGCAAAUCCCAGAAGACCCAACACAUGUCCAUCAAGAAUAAAGGCGAUGGACAGCCGAGCAACUCUGAUACCGCGGCGGAACUACAGCCGCAUCAGAUCAGCCACAGCCAGGCUGAUAACAUGACUGUGCUGCGUAACGAAAUGAUCGUACUCACCUUUCGCAACAUAAUCGUGGCCAUCAAGGAGCAGCCCUCCGUGCUGUCACCCUUCAAUCGAACGGAGGUGGUGCUCGUCCAGGGAGGGGAGGCACUGCAGGUGGGCCUGCUCAACAGCCAUGACAUCUACGGCGGCAUUGUGCUGGUGCUCCAUACAGAACUCAGUCCGCUAAUCGUGGAGCUGAUGCCAUCGCAGGGCAAUUGGUACCUAACGCGCAUGAUCUUCAUGAACAACACCUACUAUCCACGCGAACUCUACUUCUUCGGCUUUGAGUUCAGCCUGUGCUGCACGGACAUCACUGUCUAUAACUCGGAUGGGUCGCGUUUCAGUUUCUUUGACUUUCAUCUGGAUAUCCUGUGGCAAGACAAGGACAAUGGCUUGGACUUGGAAUACGAGGUGAAGCCCUGCUGGAACUGUUCCAUACUCAUGACACCGACCAUGGCGCAGACCAUCUUCGUGGUGCUGAUCAUCGCGGCGAUACUGUGGAUGGGCCUGGCCAUUCUACUCUCGAUUGGCCAGAAUCAAUUGCUGCAGAACGCCAACGAUCCUGACCUGCACAUCAAGACGGACACCUAGGCGCACAACUAGCAACUGUGGUGACGACCCUCGGCCACGCUCUUUGAUGCACAUGCGGCACACAGUAGUAGUCGUCUACACAUUCUGCUAAUUCACUUGCUUACAAUUCUAAUCGCAUGGGGGGCAGCGGCUGGCGACGAGCCCAGGGGUUUAGAGAUCGUAAUAAUAAUGUCAUUGUCGCGUU